AUGUGCAAGGCCACGCCCUUUCUGGACGGCAGCCAGCGUGACGAGCACCUCCCAGCGGCUCAGCGAGGCCUGGGCUGGUCGUGCGUGCAAGCGUCGCCAGACUCCUACCGAGCGGAGGCGGUCGAUGCGGGUCCCCCAGACUACCUCGUCGCCGAUAGCGAUCUGCUGGAGCUCUGGGCCCUGCUGCAGGCCUUGUGUUUCUCUCUGCCUGGCACAAUUUUUUACAGCGGCUCCGCCUUCGUGGUGGAUGGUAUCGAGCGCGGUCCUCGCCAGUGCUGCUCCAGCACGGCCACCUGGGCCGAAGUCUGGCGCGUGGUGUGGCAAAAAUUGCUGACUGGGGGGGCUGACUCCGUCGCCGUCGUCAAAGUCCGAGGUCACGCCACGCGCGCCGCUGUGCAAGCAGUCCAGGUCGAUCCGUUUCACUGA